CCUCGAGGAAGUUAGCGGCGGAAACCGGGUUAGCGGUGGAGAAGAGAUAUUGGAGACCCAAUGGCGACUGUGGAAGCCAGCGGCAGCGAUGGGCAAGGGGUCGAGACCUCCGUCACCUAUUACCGGUUGGAGGAGGUGGCGAAGCGCAACUCCCCGAAAGAGCUAUGGCUGGUUAUCCAUGGCCGAGUCUACGAUGUCACCCGCUUCAUGAACGAGCAUCCUGGUGGAGAAGAGGUUCUGAUGGAACAGGCUGGUAGAGAUGCAACUGAAAGCUUUGAAGAUGUAGGCCACUCCUCUGAUGCCAGAGAAAUGCUCAAGCAGUACUAUAUUGGUGAUGUGCAUCCGAAUGACCUUAAAUCUGAAAGUGGCAAGGAGCCUCCGACAAGCGGCGUGUGCAAAAGCUACUGGUCAUACUGGAUCUUCCCCAUCCUGGGCGCCAUCCUCUUAGGUUUUCUCUAUCGUUACUACACGGCGGCGGAGAGCAAAUCCUCCUGAGGAGACUUUGUUGACGUCGGGAAAGCACAUCCACUUGGGAGCAAGAACCAGAGACUCAAUUGGAGGCUGCGGCUGUGCCCUCUUCUCGAAUACUGCCAAUUAUAUCCUCCCCCUCGGAGCCCAGACUGUUGGCCAGACAUCCGCCUCAGCCCUGGGGCCAGUUGUGAAGUCAUUUCUCAGAGCCUUACUCUCAAAGCACCUGCUCAUUGUUCUGCGUCUUUGCCGUUGUUUCCUCUCUUCAUGGUUUCCACGAGCACCCUUGUCUUUCAAAACUGUGUUUUAUAACCGGAGUCCGCACGUCCUCAUGACACUGCCUUUUGGUGUCAUCGCCUGCUUUCCAGUACUUAGUUACUUAGACCUUCUUAAUGGGGCAGCCCACUCUGGUUUUGAAGCUUUUCUUUUUCCCCUUUUGUUUUAAGUAAAU